AUGUGCGAGGGCUGGUACUACACAGAGCUGAGCCAGACACAUGCUGAACAGCUAUUGGUCCGUGAUGGCAGAGACGGUGCCUUCCUUGUACGCCAGAGUGAGUCUGUGCGAGGAGCUUUCGCCAUUUGUCUUCUGUACCAGCAGCAGGUGCAUACGUAUCGAAUACUGCCGGAUGAAAAUGGAUUGCUGUCUGUGAAGUCUAUGCAGGGUGUUGAAGUUAUGAAGUUCAGUAGGCUCAGUGAACUGGUCUCAGCAUAUGCACAAAAACAGAAUGGAUUGAUCACGAAUUUACAGCAUCCAGUUGAGGUAGAUAGAGAAGAUGGUGCUGAGCAGAUUGGUCUGGUAGUUAAGAAAUCCACAGACAGAAAGGACACCCUCUGUACAGAACUAAGUACACUUUCACCUCUACGUGGAACAUCCAUUUGCAAACGGUUUAUGCCUAAGCAAAAAGCUUCUGAGACCACUUCCAAAGAAGCUGUUGGGCUGUUCCUACUAGGACCUGAGCUAGAGAAGCAGUGUGAGGAGCUGGACAGAGAGAUUGAGCACACAUGGUGCAGCCUGAAGAUUCUCACAAUGGUAUUUGGUCAUAUGGCUUCCCUACUGCACCGUGAUGGGGACCAAGUUUCAGUUUUGGAUAAACUGAUUCAUAAAGUAUCAUCUGUGCAGGAGCUACUGACUUGUCUGGAAAGUAAGCUAAUUCCCAGUGACAGAAAUCAGCUCAGAAAGUGCCCCCCCCAGAACUUGUCUGUGUUCACUGGAACCUGGAACAUGGGUGGCUCUCUUCCUCCUCGAUCUAUCUCUUCUUGGUUAUCCUCAAAGGGAAUGGGGCAGUGUUCACAUGACCUCUUCAUGAUUGGGACGCAAGAAAAUCCACAAGGAGACCGCGAGUGGGCUGAGUUUCUCAGACUGGCUUUAAAAUCCCAAACUGGAAAAGAAUAUAAAGUGGUUUCUGCUUGCUCGCUUGGUGCAGUUAAACUUGUAUUGUUGGUAAAAUCAGAAUAUGAAGAUCUGAUUGAUCGAGUCCACACAUCGAGUGUGAGAACAGGACUUUGUAACACUCUAGGAAAUCGUGGAGCUGUGGGAGUUUCUCUUGAGUUUAACAGGACAUCUUUAGGAUUUGUGACCUGUCACCUCGUAUCAGGAAAUGACAAGGUUCAAAAGAGAAAUCAGAGUUGCGGUGAGAUCCUACGCUGUCUAGCACUGGGAGAUGAGUCUCUUAGAAGCUUUCAGUUGCCCAUGAGACUCACACACCUCUUCUGGGCUGGAGAUCUAAACUACAAGCUUAACAUGCCUGUGCAGGACAUACUGCAGUGUGUAUACAGUGGGCAGUACCAGUUCCUCCUUCCUGUGGAUCAGCUAAACCAGGAGCGUGAGAGAAAGAAAAUCUUUCUGGGAUUCAAGGAGGAACAGAUUACGUUUCCCCCGACUUGUCGCUAUGAGAAAGGGACUCGCACCUACGACGUGCAAAAAGCUAAAACAACAGGGACUCGAUUAUUUGCCCCAUCCUGGAGUGAUCGCGUCCUGUGGUCAUCAUACCCUGACACUGAGGUGAAAUGCACAUCAUAUGGUUGUACGGAUGAUAUUAUCACCAGUGAUCAUUCUCCUGUUUUUGCCACAUUUGAGAUUGGACUUGAAUGUCAGUUAGAACAAGGUACUCGCUGUAUUUUGAAGUUCCAUAGUAUUGAGGCCAUCAUCAAGACCCAGAACAAGUCCUGUGGCUGUAUUGAAUUUAGAUCUUUGUGUUCACAAGGUUCUUCACAGAGUAAAGUAAACAGUACUCACACCAUUGAGGGGACAGCGUUCCUGAAGCUUGGCUGGUCAGUUCAAGACCUUCCAGAGCUCAUUCAUGUUGGCCUGGACAAUGAAUAUCUACUGCUCAGCAUUCGACCCACUGAUGGGGGAGAGUCCUACGGUGAAUGCUGUGUGUCACUCCGUGCAUUGCAUAGCAGAAAAGAGCACCAUUUCCAAGCAUUCCUGUCUCAGAGAGGAGAGGAGACAGGUUCCUUGAGGGGCUGGGCAAGCAUGUUCAUUCCCCAAGAAACUCAAGCCAAUAGAAGCCCCAACACUCAGCAGAAAAGAUCUGAGAAAGAUGGUGAGAGCGUCUGCCAAAUCGCUGGUGCUGCUGCUCCGCCCAAUGAAGCUGUUGCCUUGCAGUUCUCCAGCCGUCUAUCCAGACGCCGCCCUGCAAGCCUGUCCUGUGUGCCUGGCAGUUACAGCAAUGCAGAGUAUUUUCUCUUUGAGGGGAUGACUUCCCCACAUACCCCAACCUCUCCGAGACCUCAUUCUGCUAUAGUGAUCGGGGAGGAGCAGAGUACAGACCAGUGGGGAGGAGAGCCCAGAAUUGGGAAGAAACAAAGCAUUCUAGCUUCUCAAAGCAAGAGGCACAACAGAGCCAGCUUAUGGUAUAUCGGAAUAACUACACGAGAGCUACGUACGCGACUGGGGGAACAUAUAAGUAGCAUAAAGAACUGUCUGAAAGAUCAAGAGAAAGGCAAGAAUCUCACCCCUGUUGCCAAACAUUACCUAAAGAAUCAUGGUACCAAACCCGAACUUAAAGCAUCAGUACUGCAAAGCGCGUAUGAUAAAUACCUGGCUAAACAUAUCAUUCCCAGAGGUCUUAGAGUACGCUUAUUUCCUACCUUCUCUUUUCAUAUUGACACCUAUAAAGACAGAUGGGAGCAGGCACUAAUUAACUGUUCCGAAAUACUGGUUGCAAUUCUAUCGGACUAUGAAACAGAAGUCAUGUCUGAGUUAGAUAAAGAAAUCAGUGAAUAUAACAUAAAGUUACAAAAAUUCGAAACACUGGAUAAGUUCAAACAAUCAUACAAAGAGAUGAGAGAGGAACUAGAUAAAAGAGAGAAAGAGAUAAUACAGACCAAGUGCUCUAAAAUGAAGAGAGACAUUAAAGACUUUGAAAAGGGAAGGAUAUUUACAUGGGAUGAUAAGCAACCCAGACGAAGACCACCUAAUAGUUUACCACCAUCUAAGACUACACAUCAGUGA